CCUCACUAAGGUGGGGUGCUUAGCGACGGUCCCUCAGGCCCCACACCCUCCACCCCCCACCCCACUCUCAGCCUGCUCCUCCACUGCUCCCUCACCCAGGGACAGCGGAAGAGGGUCACCCAUGGGGGGCGCUCGGGCCUUGGAAAGGCCACAGGUGUGUGUUGGCCAGGUGGGAGCACCCACCGAACAUACGUCUCUUCCUGGAAACCAUCUCGAGUGGGUGCAGUGGAGGUGGGGGAGCUCUGGGCUGGGCGCUGGGCAGCAGCUCAGACCUGCAGCUUGCACCCUUGCCCCCCAGCCGUGGGGCGGCCCGUGGAUUCAGAAUGCUCAGCGCUUCUGCGGCCUCUCGGCCUCUCGCUGGGGCUGGGGAAAGCAUGGCUGGGCCACCAGCCUGCUGGGGAAGCAAAAGGCAUGCAAAGGCCAGCCAGGCUGCGUUUGUUUUUCCCCAGGUCAGGAAACCAGCGUUGGGCUUCACCACUCCUUGACCGCUGGAGUGCGGCUCCUGGUUAAAGUUGACUUGGUCUUCUGGAAAAAAAAAAAAAAUCAGGAAAACACCCUGCAAGUGUGGCUGCCCUGCGCAACGUUCCGGGUUUGCUCCCCGCGGAGGGCGGAGGCCCGGCAGGGAGCCGGCGCAGUGUCCGGAGAGCUGGGCCCGGGUGCUCCGCUCAAAGGCAGAAAGCGCUGCGUGUGCUCGCGGAGUCGCCUGGUCGUGGCCGGGCACUUCGCUUCUGCUGAUUUUCGGUUGCCAUCGGAGCUAGAAAGACAGCCGAGGCGAGCGGCGGACACCCAGCAGCUGCCCUGACAGCGGUUAUUGGAGCAGUUACCCAGGCCGCGUGCAGCUGGAGUGUCGCAGUGGAGCCUCCCCCUUCGCCCAGGUGUGCAGAGAGCGAGCGAGAGAGACCGUCUUCUUUUUGUUUCUCGUGCUCACAGCGGCCUAAGCACGUAGAAGCAGCCGGCGUGGACACGCCUGGCUCAGAGAACCCGGUUCUCCUGGGGGCUGAGCGCAGGGAAGCGCAGACACGCGCGCUCGGGUUCCAGGGUCUUCUCCGAAGGCGGCGGGCGGAGAAGGCCGAGGAGCUUGCAGAAAGGGUCGCCUCCCGGGGGGGCCGGUGGGUCCCCGGGCGGGCCAGGCGACGCAGGCCCGAGUCGCGCGAGCGCGCUGCGAGGGGGCGCUGUGGGCCCGCCUGCGGCCUCUGUCCCCGCUCGGUGGCCCAGGCGCUGGCCCCCGCGCCACCGACCGGCGACGGAUGCCACCGCUCCUCGAGUGACCCACCUCUUCCCGCGUUGUUAAUUCAGGGAAGAAGGAAAGCAAUGUCAGGGCACUUCAAUAAACCCUUCGGGGCUCCUGACCAUCUUAUUCUGUGUCAUUACUCGGGACCUGCUGUGUGUGGAAGAGUUGGUGGAAAGACAGCUACCCUUUGGGGUGUGUAUUUUUUUUUUGCGAUUAAGAUUGAAUAUGCACAUUUGACAGGGGUUCCCUUUGGUGAAGUAACAGUCACUGUAGGUAGCGUCAGUGUGCCAAUUAUAUUCCUAUUGUAGCCACAACCAAGACCCCCCUCCAUCCAGGGCCCCUGGCCUGUUUGUGGAGAGCAGUGCAGCGAGAAAAAGGGAGGG